GAGUGGGGUGGGUGUCUGGAAGCAACGUACAUUUUCCUGCUGGUUGGAAUGUUUCGGUAGAGAUCCGCGGUCUUUAUUUACUGUCCGAAUUUCCUCUUGCGGCAAUCACCCUAAGUGGGGUUGCUUGAUGAGGAAAGUCUUCUCGGAUUCGCCAAAGACCGACCCAUUCCACAGCGUGACGACGUACCUUCCUUGGUGAUGACCCAAUUCGCUUGCUCACAAGGGGUGUUGAGCACUGGAGCCUGCAGAUACGACGCGGGCCAACUGAGACAGCGGCAGCGUGCCCCUUGAGCCAUUAGAGUUUCUAGAGCCUACUCCCGCCGAUGUCGCCGUCUUUGUCUGAUGGCAUAUAGCAAACCUUGUAGUGAAAAGAGACCAUUUUGACGGCGGAGUUCCCUCUUUGGCACCCGUACGGUAUGGGAAAGACGAGCACAAAUCGGCGGGGGAGCCAUUGAACAUGAAGGACACUGCCGAAAUGGGGAACAACCAAGCUGUGGAUAACAAUAAUUUGGGUUCUCGUGGAUCGAGAGCUCUUGAAAGCUAUGAUGAACUGGUCGAAUUGGGUAAUAAUCAGUUAAAGGGCGAUAGGACUCUCAGCCCUGUCAGCACCGCCAGAACCAGUCCUGCAUCGGCAUGUGCUCCAACCAAAUCUCAACUGUGCCAACAGAUAAUCGACACUGAUCAGGAUUGGGAGGUCCGCGGGAUUAUCGGCAGAGAGGAUAUUGAUGGUGUCCUGCACUACAUGGUGGAUUGGCAUCCGACACUGCUGCCUGAGCACUACACUCUCUGGGAUAUUCAAAGGAGAUGGUGAAUAAGUUCGAGGCGCGACUGCGAGCACAGUGCCAGGCCAAGAACGAGCGAUUGCGUUUGGAUUUGCAGCGAAGCAACCUGGCGGUGGUACAAACCGAUGCAUCAAGUGGCCCACAGCAGAAGACACGGCGAGGCCGGCCUCGGAAGCAACUGUGAAGCUGGUUAUCCAAGUCGAUGUUUGCGAAAUAGAUGCCUCUCGUGCUAGACUCAAGUUGAGCACGGUGCCCUGGCUACUCUUGAAUCGUCCAAGAACUGCGGAAGCU